ACAUGGUGCGCAAAGUAUCGGGAGGAAUACAUUGCGCUUCUCUUGCAAUAUGACACACAUUCCUUAAAUCCGGCCAGGUAUGUCAAUGGAUCUCAAUAAUAUGCUAGCAGUAUUCCUGUAAUACCUCCAAAUGCGAAGAUUUCGCAACAUUUUUCCAAGGGAAGGUGGGUUCGUUGAUUAGCCACGUUCGCUGCACCCUUGAUGUAACUUAAUGCAAACACGAUGAUAUAAAACAUAGCCUCGUUCCAUGGGGAACGCGUGUAUAUGUGGAUUCAUAGCAUUGUUGCUCUAUUGUGUUUGUUCCACUUGGUAUGAUGCCAUCGCUUGGUUAGUUGUUUUUAGGGGCCGAUUACAUAGAGCAUUUUCAAUCCUGGGGUUAAACUCAGCCCUGUCAGUGACCUGGGGUCAGUUGUUCAAAAGCUGGUUAACUUUAACCCAGGGUUAGCGCUAACCCUGGGUUAAAAUCCUUAACCCAGGGUUAGUUAACCCUGAGUUAAACUGCGUUGUUCGAAGCUGGGUUAGAGGUGCGGUUAGCUAACCCAGGGUUAAGACAUUUAACCCAAGGUUAAAUUUGUUUUAAAAAUAAAUGUAAUAUAAGAACGUUUUUGAUUGGUAGGCCCCGUGUCAAAACUAGGGAUAGAAUGGGAUAGAUUGGAGAAGUAUUGUUUAACUAGGCAACUGAAAUUGAACAUUUCAAGCAUGGAUUUAAGCAUUUUGUAAGUUUCAAGAAAAAAAUAUAAAUUUAAAUAAAUCAAUUUUGGAAUUUUAGGCAGGCUUGAAUAAUUAAAUUUUAGAACAAAAUCCCAGCCAAUCAAAUGAACUUCGACUUAUUUUGGAGUUGAAAAGCAUUUUUCAAGGCAUGCGUGUUUAUCGUAUAAAACAGAACCAGGGUUGCCAGUUUGGCGUUAAAAGAGCCAAAUUCCUCGAUUCUGGCUUCUUUUGACUUCGUUUGGCUACUAAAAAUUUCGUUUGGUUUCUUUCUAUUUUUUGGCUCUUUUUGGCUUCUUUUUGAAUAAAUACUGAAAUAAGCAACUUUUCAAAAAUAGUCUGCCAUCCAUCAGUAAAAGUUAGUUAUAAACUCUGCUAUGUUCGACUACAUUAUUCAUUUAUCCGGGAUUCCGGAUGUACGUAAAUAUUCCCGAACGGCGGGAAAACGAAAAUUAUAAAUUAUACUUGUUUUUACUUUACUGUUUUUCGCUGUUUUUCGGAAGAUUUACUCUAAAUUUCGAUUUUGGCUUCUUUUGGCCAGAUUUGGCUACUUCUUACGUAUCAUUUGGCUCUUUCGGGCUCAGACCACCUGGCAACCCUGAACAGAACACGAAAACAGAAAAAGAAGCAGCGAAAUUGUUUUACAGCUUUCAAUGGUUUUACUAGGUAAUACACUGCGCUGCAAACAGUAGAUGUGCAAGACCUUUUGUGACUGUUCAAAAAAUGGCAAAUGGAAACUUUGUUAAACAGGUGGUGGUACGGCGAAUUGUUUGGCAAUACAAGUUUUGUUUCGAAUAGAGUUGUGAGAAACAUUUGAUAUUAAGGGAAAAUUACGUCAUGUCUUCACCGGAAGUGAACAUGUUUGAUUGACAGUUUAAGAAUUUUGUAUAAAGCAUGCGUUUAAUAUGUAUAAUGUAAAUAAUAUAGGUUGAAGGUUUAAUACAAAUCAUAGCAAACGAGCACGAAGUUUACGAAAGUUUAUAAUAAGAGUUAUUUUUCGAAGAAAUUUGCGAGGAAACUUGAGUUGAAUGCUCGGCUUUAAUAAAACUACAGUCUACAGUUUUGGUGGCGGCAAUCGACAAAGAUCUCGUGAGGUAAAUCCUUUUACUGUACAGUGUACACAAUCGAGAUUACGGCAUUUGUGUACCAAACUAUAUUUUGAAAACCGGCAGACGGCAUACGUAGCUGUUUCUUUUGGCGUUUUGUAAAUUAAGGUACUUUUCCACAGUAACACAAUAAAACAGUAAAUUAUGAUAUCCAAAAUGGACAGAAAGUUGCCGUAUCUUUCACUUAAAUGCUCGUAUAUAAAUUCAAAGCCAACUUGUAAAUGUAUAAAAUCAUUUCAAUGCCAAAGGCGUAUGAACGGGACGAAUAAGAAUCUUAAUAGUAUUUAUAGACUUAGAAUUUACUUUUUGAGGUUGAUUUUCCUCCAUAAAAUCUUUGUACACUGUUUGUUUCACCAAGUGUUUUACAUUUUUUUUCACUCCUUCGACGUCCAUUUUGAAUACGAGUUAACCGGCCGAUUAGCAAUUAACCCACCUAGCGAGGAGGGUUAAAUUUAACCCUUGUUUUAACCAAGGGUUAAGGAUAACCUAACUUUGAACAACGCAAAGUAACCUAGGGUUAAAUGUAACCCUAGGUUAAGCAAAUUUAACCAUAGGUUAUAGCGUUAACCGGCUUUUGAACAACCGGCCCUUGCAGUCAAACUAACAUAUAAAGCAUGCAUGAGCAACUGAUCAGUAUUUGAUUAACAAACCGAUCCGUAUAAUAAUUGUAUAUAUUUGCUUGAAAUAUACAAGUGCAGUAAGGAUGAUUACCAAUUCAUUUGGUUGUAUGGCUCGUUUUACCGAGAAAAUCAAAGCUAUAAUAAAGUUUGUAAAUCACGAGGAAAUUUGUAUCCAUUUUUUCACUUUCGGGGAAUUGCUUGAGUAUUCAAAUAAUUCUCAUUUCGGAUUCAAACUUAAAGAUUUACACGCGAUGAUUGGGAAUAUUUUAACCUAUGAAAAAUGUGGGGAAUUCCCAUAGGUUAAAAAUUAAUUUUAAUUCGUGCACUCUAAAAAGACGCUGGUUAAUAUUUCUUGGUUAACCUAGAACUGAUAACACUAUAUGCGGGUUAACUUACUAAUCGAUACUCCUUGGUUAAAUUUCCUGGUUAUUUUAUCUCAUUUCCGUCUGGUUCGUUAAACCAGGAACUUGGUUGUAUAUGGUUAUAUAUAAUGUUAACCAGACUAUGUGAGGUGGAUAUAGAACCAGAGCCCUAGGUCUGGCAUUGUCUGAUUAAUUUAAUUAACUAGGAAGUCGUGGUCGAAUUAGCCAGACUAUGGCAAGAAAAUGGUUAAAAUGACCAAACGAUUUAACGAGGGAUAGGUUAACCCAAAUAGGGUUAUUUCUAGGCCAGCGGAAAAUUUUAAACAGCGGUUUUUGGAGUGCAUGUAUAUCGUAUUUGACCAAUUAGCUUUUCUCACGAGUGCCAAAAUCCGCCAUUUUUGAAAGUUGUACAUGUAACUGUAAAUUUACCAUUAUACAAAAACUACAGUACUAAAAAGUUGUAUUUCGUGGUGUGGAGACUCUCUAACGUGAGACAAGCAGUACCCCCAAAAUGGCGGGAAAAUCGGCCGUGAGAAAGGCUAGUUGUGAUCGCAAUAAAACAAAAAUGAUUCAUUUGUAACGUAAUAAUAGCCUAAUUUUUGUUAGAAUGAAAACUUAAUUAUGUAAACUUAAUACAAAAACUUGAUGGCAAAGUUGAUUAUCACACCUUGUACAAUUCCUUCCUUUUUUCUUUUUAGAGUGCGAGUUCCACUUUCCAAUCUUCCAGAGUUCAGCAAGGCGUUUAAUUGUGAACCACCAAAAAACACUUGUACUGUGUGGUAGGAAGGGUACAUUUUUCACGUGCAUGUUGUGAGCAUGACAGUUGUGAGACUUUUUUAGUUACAGUGUUUCAAACCAUCGAUAGCGAACAAUUUUUCUUCAUAAAAAUGUACGUCUUAUAACAAAUUGUAUUAUCAGUAUUGUAGAUAAUAAACGUGCCCACCAUUAAUUUUCUUACAAUUUCUUCAGAAUAUUACGUACAUUUUCAUUUUCAAGAUUGUUAUUUAAUCUUACGUUUACAAGUCAAGUGGGCAUCAGUAGAUGAAAGAAAUCAAAGUCAUAGUUGAAGUAGACUGAUAAAUCAUGAUUCCCAGUCAAAGCUGAUCGAACCUCUCUGUGCUCUGAAAUACGUAUGUUCAUUUGUCGGGUUUGGCUAACGUACAAUGCCCUACAGCAUUGACACUUGCACAGAUACACUAAAUUUCUAUUCAGACAAUGCUCAUCCUUUCCCAGCGAAACUGCAAGAACCUCUUCCACUGUGACUAUGUCACUAACGCCACAGCCAUUGGCUUCAUUUAUGCAUAGCGGAAUAAGCGGAUGUACCAUCCAGUGCUACUUUUCAGAUCAGUGAGGCCAGGAAAUAAUAUUUCAAAUCCGACUAUGAGGACUGGACUAGAUUUCAAGUCCUCGCAUUUUAAUUUUGAUAAAGUCCGAGGCGAAGCUAAGCCGAGGACUGGAUCAAGAUGCGAGGACUUGAAAUGUAAUCCAGUCCGAAUUGGAUGAUUUGAAAUAAUGACAUCUCAUACGAGUAAAUCGUUACUUAAAAGUGAAGUGAAUUAGUUUUAAUCCAGUCCAAGGACUGAAUUAAUUUUGAUCCGGUCUUAGAACUGGAUCAAUAUACUUCACCAGAUAUCCAGUAUUAUAUCAUAUGAGCAAAAUAAAGCGCACAAUAUGGUUGGCUAAUUUACUCAUGAAUUAUUAAUGAGUUUGAGAUAUAACUGUACAGUGCAUGGCGUGCAUGUAAGUGGGCGUGCAUAUUUAAGCCAAUAUAGACACUUCGAUAUUUUGCAUAUAAUUAUACCAAUAUAACCCGUAGAUAUUAAUUUAUAGCCUAUUCAAAUACAUUCUUAGUCCACCACCAACGAAGUGCUAUCGUCACAAAGUCAAGAGUUUAAAACUUUCGCCAACAACAAAAUGCCUCGCAAGACUAUUGUUGUUUUUAGCGGUACUGGCGCUCAGGGUUUUAGCGUUGUAAACGCGUUAUUGGAACAUGGCAAAUACCGCAUCCGAGCCGUUGCGAAGUCAACGGAUAACCGAAAGGCCCUAUUGCUUCGGGGAAAGGGCGCCGAGUUAGUGCGAGCCAACCUAGACAGCCCUGACGCGUGCAAGGCUGCGGUUAAAGAAGCUCACGGUGUGUUUCUUGUCACAAAUUUUUGGGAGCAUCACGAUGAAGACCGUGAAUUUAAACAAGGGAAGAAUGUUGUCGAUGCGUGUAUCGAAGGAGGUGUAAAACAUUUGAUCUUUAGUGGCCAGGAGAAUGUUCUUAAACUUCGUGGUUACGCGUGCCGUAAGUAUAUACUUAUUUGUUUUACAAAUAUAUAUUUCUACAUAUUCUUGUGUAUUUUGUUUCAUGUAAUGUCGGAGAAUGCUCAAUAGGGGAAAUAUAGUAUAUAUAGGUUGGAUUGCCUUAAACGUCGUCAAUGAAGAUGUGAAGUAAGCCUAUACCUGUACUUUUAUACAUAUAUUUUACAUAUACACAUCUUUAUGUAGCCUUAACUCAGUGCUAAGUAUUUCUAAGCUUAGUUCAAACUUUGUUUAAAUGCUACUCAAACAAAGUGGCGUUUAGACGCACGACUGAGUUUGUAUUAACAUUAUCCAAUUUAUUUAUUUGAAAUCUUCAACUGACUAAAGAUUCACCGUCGGUUGCGACAUGUACCAACCGUGGAUUAAAAACAUUACGUGAUUGCGUUGUUUCGAACAAGCGUUACGAGAGUUAAGACGAUAAGUGUUCACUUUUCAAUUUUUUCAGGUGACCCGCGAAUAUCAACAUUACGACCGCGUGCUCGAUUGCUUAAUAUUCGCUCAAAAAUCGUGUUUGAUGAAUUUUAA